CGUGUGCGUACACGAGUCAUUCGUGUGUGGCACCAGACUGGUUACCGUGCUUGGAUUGUGGUACAACACCACACUGGUUACUGUUCAGAACCUGACUGAGUCGUGUGCGCACAUCACUCAGUCCGGUGUUAGCUCAAAUUUCUUUCAGUUUUUUCAAGAACCGUACUGAGUCGGGUGCAGAACAGUAUCCAGUCAGGUUCUAAUCUUUCCGUGUGAUAUGAUAUAUAGCGCAAAAAUUCGGUUGAGUAAAAUGUAUAAGCAAGGCUCGAAUAUUAUAAUUGGCGCUUCUGGCACGACUUACAACGCUCAGAAAUUGAACUUUCAAAGAAGCACUAGAGAAGCAAUUAGGAGUUUGGAAUCUACGAUUAGAGCAGCCCUUUAUGAAGAAGAAAUUGACAAAACAAACGAACGGCUUUUAGAUUCUCUAGAGAAUAUCCUAGAAAUAUCAAAAGAAAUUGACUUUGAUUAUGAAUACCCAUCGUUGUUUUAUUCACUCAAUUUUAAAAUGAACCCAGUCACAGCUACCAGAAUAUAUGUCAAUGAUACACUCGAAGGUAACGAAUAUUUAGACAAAUUACGUAAAAUCGGUCAUUGGACAAGUGGUUUAGCAGAAAAUGACUUAAAUAGCGUUCAGGAGAAUGUGUUUUCAGUUGCAAUUAAAUACUACUCAAGAUUACAAAACAAUGGAAAUUAUUGCAGUAAAUCAUCAAUUUAUACUGAAGUAUAUCAACUUUAUGAAUCUAUGUUAGCAAGCGUCAGUAAAGGAUACGCUAUGAUUUAUAUGGCUUACGAAUUCCAACAACAAAGUCCUAAAAAUACAGACGAUCAGCGCCCCGCACAAAGAAUUAUACUAGAAGAAUGUAAUGAAGCAGUUAUUCGUAUGACCACUUCAGUAAGCAGUUAUUUGAAGAAAAUUGAUAGUACGACUUAUAAAAAAUUACAAGACUGUGACUCGAGGGAAUGGGCUGAAGGUGUGAAUUUCAUUCGUUUGAAAAAUCAUGUUUCGUAUCAUGAACCAAAUACAAAAUGGUACGCUGAUCGACAUGCAAUAUUUUUAAGAUAUAUAAAGCCGAAAGCAGAAUUUGAAUGCAACGGUACACAAACAUUUUGGAAUCCGGAUAUUGAAGAUGGUGUAAUAUACAGCUUAAACUGUCCAUUUAUUUUUGUCAGUAAUUAUUCGGGGGAUAGCAGUUGUCAUCAUUUUCAGAAUGAUAAUUUUACGAAACCUAAAAAUAUAGAUUGGGUAUCAACAUGUACUUCCGGAGAUAAUUCAAGAUUAGGACAAUUAUGUGCUUGCGAUAAACAAAUCGACCAAGAUACUAGUAUACGAACAAUAAGUUUAAGAGAACAUUACACUGAUAGUGCGGAUAAUCGAGUUGUUACCGGAAUACGAUUUAUUGUUAAAAAUAAUAUCGUUGCGAUACGAAUUCGAGAAGGUAGAUUAGUCAAUGGUACUAUAGACCCCCAAACCGUUAAAUGGAUAGAUGAUGAUGGGCAGCAUCCUGAAAUAGGUCCUGAUACAGUGAAGCUCAGUUAUAAUAUACGAGCGUUUGAAUUAGAUGACAUAGAAUUGCCUGAUGGGCACUUGGUAACAGGAGUUAAAUUCUUAGUGAGGAAUAAAACACGCAUAUCAUUGUCAGUAAGAGGAUCAGCUAUGUAUGAUGAUAAAAAAAAAACUUUCCCAUCAAUUCACGAUCAAUGGUAUUAUUCAACACCUGAUCCAGAUGUAGCUAGGCAUAAUAUUGAUGUAGAAUAUUCUAAAAAUCCAGCUGAGUUAAUAAAUGAACAGUUGCUACAAUUAAGUACUCCAGGAUUGAAUUACGUCGAUUUCUCAACAUCAGUGUAUUCUUCAAAAGACAACAAUCUUGCAAUUGUACCAUUUUUAGAUUCGCGCGAACUUGUUACUGAUCCACCAAUCGCUCUAGGUGGAUUAGGAAUAUUUUACAAAAGUAAACCCGGCUACGGUGGAUUUAUAGCGUUUAAGCAUAUUACAGCUAACUAUAAUAUUCUUCUUGACAGAGAUCAUGCUCAAGCUAUAAAUGCUACUUUAUUACACUUAUUUAAAUAUUUAGAAAGAAAAAAAACAAAUUUUAGUGGAAAUUAAUUAAAAUUUUAUAGCAACUGGUAACUUAUAAUCAAUAUCACUUAUACACUACAAUCAUAAAACAUUUAAAUUAGAAAUAACAACACCACAAUUAACGGCAGUAAAAGAAAGGCAAGAGAGAUAUAAGUUUGAAUUAGAGAUAUAGUUUAUUUAUAUACAGAUGUAUGCUGUUAAGAUGUCAAAUUAUGACUCACAGACUCUAGUUGCGCUUGUAUAAAACAAGAGAAGAAGGCAUUUGUUUUCUAGUUAUUCAAAUAUUUCGAAGAUCAGUUCCACAUUCGUUACAAUAUUUCAAAAUACAUAUAUAUAUAUUU